AUGAACGCUGUCAUUUCUUUACCGAUGCCAGAAGACCGUGCGUUUGACUACUCGUCUUUCAGGUUUCCUCCUCCAAAGCCUCGUCUUGAUCCAGCGACGGGUAGAGUGCUCAAUGAUGUUAUCUACGAUACCCUCAAGGAAGCUGAUUUCCCAGAACGGCGAAAAGCUAUGCAGGAAAUGUUAAGGGGUGAAACUCCUUUACAAAAUUUGGAAGAUUGCAAGACUUCAGUAAAAAAUGGGAUCCCAUUUAGUACAGAAGCCGAAACAAAAAAGAAGAAGGAGAAAGAUAAUGAAUCCACAGGCUCGGUACACCAUUUUUCACAGGACAUUCUGGAUGUCAGUGGAGCGCAGGACGGUUCUGUAAACGUAGCAUUGCCCGACGAAUUACCGAAACUUGAUAGGAGGAGUGUCCUCAAGGCCCACUGCCACAAGACGCUUCAGUUCAUAAAACAUGCACUGACCUUUCUCAUCUCGCACAUCGGUCUUUCCUGUUUGGUUGUUGGUUAUACCAUUCUCGGAGCCUUGAUGUUCUGUGCGGUUGAGCGCGAUGCCGAACGCAGGGUUAAGGAGGACAUGAUGCAGCGGCUAAAUAGCACAGUACAGGACCUGAUGGAAGUUUGGUUGGCUAGUUACUAUAAAGUUAAGGAGGAGCUUGAAAUGAUCCACAGCCUGGUUAAGGAGUCUAGAACGGCUUCGAAUACGAGCAUGGAGUUUCCACAAACGCCUUCCAUUGGCCCAUUUUUGCAAGGUCUUGAGUGGUAUGUACAUGGAUUAGAACUUUCAAAGGGAGUAAUACCAAGACACUGGAUUGAUGAUAUUAGUUCCGAGAACUCAACGGACACUCUGACGGACACAUUCAUGCAAUCAAACACUACACCGUCCGCUGGGAUUUUGGGGAGUACAGUUGCAUCAACCUUUCUGCCCACAAACGAACCUUAUGAAAACCUUCGGAAUUACCUGGAACAGGACACAAAUUCUUCAAUGCUAAACAUUACUUUAUUAGCGGAGAUGGUUAGGAAGAAUACCAGUGACAUAAUACUAAAUUACCUCGGACAGGUAGUUCAUGCAAUAAAAGACAGAGGGUGGAAUGGAGCUACGAACGUGGAGGAGAUAAACUGGACUUUCGAAGGCGGAGUCCUAUUCGCAAUUACUGUGAUAACAACAAUAGGCUACGGUCACGUGACCCCACAGACACAGUAUGGAAAGCUUCUUACCAUGCUCUAUGCAACCAUCGGAAUUCCACUGUUCUUCAGUUACCUUUCCAAAAAUGGCGAUGCUAUGGCGUCCGUUUUCCGCCUGGCCUACGCUCGAGGUUGUCGACCAGUCUUUCGACUGUUCAAGCGUCGUAACCGGCGGAAGUUGGAUCUGCAAAAAAAUAAUUUAGCGCAUUCCAUCCAAUCACUUGUCUCCCUCAUCAAUUUGGAGGUGGGCAAGAACCCUCCCGGUAGGACCACCAACGUCAGCGUCAGCAGCACCGGCAGUCCAACGGACUGCAGACUAAAGCGUGUUGUCUCUUAUAAUGCCCUCGGAGAGUCCUCAGGGAAGCAGUCGAAUGUACAUCUGCGCCGAAAUAAGUCUAGUCUAUCAGUUGGCAAAACAAAGAAGGAGGUUGUUGUUGUUAGUGCAGCUGGGUCUCCGGCAUUGCCCACUGUCCUCCCAGUGCGCCAGUUGAUUGUGCAGAACACAUCCACCACCACUACAACUACAGAUACGCAAUCCUCCGCUCAGAUAAACGUACCCAUCUGCCUCACCCUGUGCAUGAUGAGUAUCUACAUCAUAAUUGGUGCCGUGGUCUUCUGCAUUUGGGAAUCUCGGGACUACGUCAAAUGGUCCUACUUUUGCUUUGUGACCCUUUCAACCAUUGGAUUUGGUGACAUAGUACCAGGUAAGCAGAGACGUAGGUACAGUUUCAUCCUAGCUAAUAGCUGA